AUGGAGGAGCGCGCGGAUUGGUCGGGCGACGCGCUGGUGCGGCUGCUGGCCGAGUACAGGAAGCGGCCGGAGCUGUGGUACAAGGGGCACCGCCUCUACAGGGAGCACUCCGCCAAGUACGAGUCCUGGUCCGAGCUGGCGGCACUCUUCCACUGCACUAUUGCAGAAUUGCGGAAAAAGCUGAACUCGAUAUUCGCCUCGUACCGUAGAGAGAAGAGCAAAAUACGCCACGGCGGCAGCACGCAUUGGUUCCUCUAUGACCAUUUGAAGUUCUUGCCGGACCACGUGGCAACCCCCGCGUCUGACGGCAACGCGGACGGCUCUCAUAAUGAGAAUGCACUGGAAACAAAUGAUCACGAAGUAGAUCAAAAGAGAGAAGACGAGUUAAACAUAAAAUUGAUUGAACAACGUAGCUUGCAACCACAAGCCUCUUCCAAUUAUGCAACGGAAUCGAGAUCAGGCGAGUCAUCGGAUAAUAACGAAGAGGAGGAAGUAGAAGAAGAGGAAGAGCAAACGGAGGAUCGUGAACAGCAGGUAAUAAUAAAACAGGAGCCGAGCACCUCGGAGACAUCGGAGAAGCAGCCAUCCGCGCCCGCGCAGCCGAGGAAGCGAGGCCGACGCAAAAUGUUCCCCAGGAGCAAACUGACGCAGCCCAUGAAACGAAAGCAACUUAGAGGCCACGACGCCCUGGACAACAAGCUGCUGGAGGCUUUGAAAAUAUUGAAGAAGUCAGACCUGUCGCGGAAAAAAGACGAGUGUGACAGCUUCGGGGAGUACAUAGCGAUAUCGCUGAGGAAGCACGACGAGCGCACACAGAGCAUGAUCAAGCAAGCCAUCAACAACAUACUGUUUGAGCAGGAGAUGAGGAUGUACAGCGCGGGGCAGUACACCGUGGUGCUCACCGGGGACGAUGAGAAUCCCCUCGUCUGCGAGGAGAAGUGA